AUGAGAUGCCACUACUACCAAGAGAAAGAAGCAGUCCUCCGCAAAGCAGCCGAGGUCAAACAAGUGAUAUCCGCACUUGGAGACCCGAUCCGAAUCUACCCUGACUACACUCAGGCGUUUACCAAGCAGAGGGCUGCCUUCGGGGGCUGUGAGGGAAUCCGUGAUGCCCCGUGGGAACCAGACCCAGAGACGUCCAAACCAGCGAGACAACAUCACUGCUCCCACUGUGGAAAGAGUUUUACCCGGUUCUGGAACCUAAAACAGCAUGAGACGAUGCACACAGGAGAAAAGCCUUUCCAGUGUUCCCAGUGUGGAAAGAGUUUUACCUGGUUAAGGGCCCUGAAUAGGCAUGAGGAAAUACAUACAGCAGGGAGGAAGACCUACCAAUGCUCCCAGUGUGGAAAGAGUUUUACUCAGUUAGGGAGCCUGAAAAUACAUAAGAGAAUACAUACAGGAGAGAAACCUUUCCCCUGUUCCCUGUGCGGAAAGAGUUUUACCAUGUUAGGAAAUCUAAAAAAGCAUGAGAAAAUACACUCAGGAGAGAAGCCUUACCACUGUUCCCUGUGUGGAAAUAGUUUUACCCAGCUAGGGAGCCUGAAAACACACGAGAGAAUGCACACAGGGGAGAAGCCGUAUUACUGCUCCCAGUGUGGCAAGUAUUUUUCUCAUUUAGAGACCCUGAAAAUACAUAAGAGAAUACAUACAGGAGAGAAGCCUCAUCACUGCUCCCAGUGUGGAAAGAGUUUGACCACUUUAGGCAACCUAAAAGAGCAUGAGAGGAAACACACAGGAGAAAAGCCUUUCCAAUGCUCCCAGUGUGGAAAGAGUUUUACACAUUUAGGGAGCCUGAAAAGGCAUAAAGGAAUACACUCAGGAGAAAGGCCCUACCAAUGCUCCAAGUGUGGAAAGAGAUUUUCACGAUUACAGGACCUUACAUCACAUGAGACGACACACCUGACCACUGCUCCCAAUGUCUAAGUACUUUUACCUUGUUAGGGAGCCCGAAAACACAUGAGAGGACACACACAGGAGAAAAGACUACCACUGUUCUCAGUGUGGAAUAAGAUUUACCCGGUUAUGGAACCUGAAAGACCAUGAAAGAAUACAUACAACAUUUACAUUUUAGUCAUUUAGCAGACGCUCUUAUCCAGAGCGACUUACAGUUAGUGAGUG